AUGAAUGAGACUGUUGCAGCUCGCGCAGUACGCCGUGAUGAGCGACUACAGGAAUGGGAGCCUAUGUUAGUUUCAGAAUUGCAGCGCCGAGAUCCCGAGGCUGCUGUCGGCACAGUGGGCGUGAUCUGUCAGAACGAGAGCAUUUUGUGCGGGCGGAUUGCGUGUGAGGGUUUGGAGGGCCGCUUGAAUGAGCGCUCGAUCAUGCUGGAGGCGCACAGCCUCUCCAAUGCCAAGGUGCGUCUGAACAUUUCGGAUUGCCGCCAAGUUGCUGCUUUUCCCGGCCAAAUAGUUGGCGUUGUGGGCCGAAGCGGCAUGACUGGCAACACGUUCCAUGUCUCGGACUUUCUGCCAGGUUCUGCCAGCGAGACCGACUGGAUUUCACAGCUUUGCGGGGUGCCUUGGCUCAUGCGCACGCGGAGCGUCCUCAGGUGGGCUGCAGUUUGGACUGCUCUUCUCUUUUCUUUUGAGAUGCUCUUCAACGGCAACAAGAGCGAGUCGGAAGAAAUCCGUUUGGACGAAGACACUGAUCUUCCAGAGCCAGCCAGGAAUGUGGCACAAGGUCGAGAUGCGCUUCCGAAAACUAGCAGCGGCAUCUUGACAAAAUUCAACUUGCGGUUUCUCUUUCAGUGGAGUGGCCCUGGAGGUCAGGCUGCUCAAUAUUCCGUAGGCGAGUUGGAAAGCAAGAUCUAUGACAACGUGCAUCACAACGGCAAGGGAGAACUCCUGCUGCCGCUGUCCAUCCUGUCGCGAGAUGAGUCCUCGCAGGUGACUACGAGCCGCAAGAUCUUGCAUUUCACAGAUUGGAAGGCUAAGCUGGCUUCACAGGUUUGCCUGGUUGUGGUGCUCAUUUCCUGCAUCAUUUCCCCAAUUACCUUUAUUUGGGGCGGAAGCUGGGCUGACCCAAGAUGGGUGCCAGGAGGGAGGACAACUAUGGUCUUGGAUAUGAUUUGUGAUUUGUGCUACCUUGCCUACCUCAUACUGGAACUCAAGAUGUCCUUCAUGCAUCCGUCCCGAAGAGUGGAAGUCGUUGAUCCGUCCAAGAUCCUGGAGUUUAGGUUGCGAAGCACCACCUACGUUUUACGCGCCUUCAGCGCCACGAGCUACUUCUGGAUAGCCACCUUCAAUGCCAGCUUACUGCUGAACUUGACGAAGCUUGUGAGGAUCUAUCACUUCGUGCGCCUGCCCGACCCCCUCUGGCUCAUUUGGGACAACGGCAUUCUGCGGGAAUUGAGGCCGCUCCUCCUCUUAACUUGGUUGGCGCACUGGGUUGGUUGCCUCCUCGCCUGGGGUGGAGGAUACCGCGAGGCUCUCUGGAGCUCAGGGGACGGAAGUCCAUUCGAGACCACCUUCAACGGGGCGGUUGUGCCUGGCUGGUUCUCCCUGUACUUCAUGGCCUUUGUGGAAGCCUUGUACAUGCUGACUGGAGCUCUGGACAACCCGUUGGGUGAUGGAGGGAUUCGAGAUAAGAACUUCGGCGCCUUGGUAAUGGUAGCAGUGUUUGGUCCUGUUGGCUGCAUUAUUGUGGCCCACUUCAUUGCAGCAGUUGUGCGCGAGCAGGAGAGAAAGUUUGCACUGGACAUCCGCCACGAGGAAAACCAGGCGUUCGUCAAGCGAGCCUUGGAGAACUUGAACGUUCCCAAGGAGCUUCAGCGCCGAGUGUUCAGUCUUCACCACUUUCAGAAGAUGAGCCAUGACUACGAGGCUUUUGAACAGCUGUUCAAGAACCACACGCUGUCAUCACCCCUUGAGGAUGCCAUCCGCGUCUACUUGUACCAGUCGGUGCUCCGCUCGAGUUUCUUCAAUAACAAGGAGCAUAGCUACAUCCUGGCAGUUGUUCGCGUCCUUGAAGACAAGGCCUUCCUACCUGGUGACUACGUGGUCCGCGUGGGCGAGGUUGCUGACGAGAUGUACUUCAUCAGCAAGGGAAUAGUGUCUGUGCUGGUCGCAAACGGCAAGUCCAAAGAAGUUGAGGAUGCCAUUAAGCUGCCUAUGAGGAAGAAGGAGGGAGACCAUUUUGGUGAAGUGGCAUUGAUCAAGGGAAGUCUACGGACCGCUUGGAUCAAGGCAGAGACUUAUGUUGUGGCGUCUUGCCUGCGGCGAUCUAGCAUUGAGCAGAUCUGGAAGUACUUUCCGCAUGAGCGUGAGUCUCUUCAACGUCAAGUACUCCAGACGGUCAUGCGUGACGCGGCACGGCAGGCUACAAGCAUUCGGCAGAGCGUUGGAGGACGCAGCCUUGCCUGCUAA